CGGCUGCCGUAAUCCGACGGGACCCGGAAGGAAGGACCCGGCGAGGGGCGGAGCGGAGGAGAGGAGAAGAGCCGAGCGGAGCGGCCUCGGGCUCCUGUGUUGGUGCCGGGCGGAGCUGAAGACGGACUGGCCUGGAUCCCAGGCUCUCGGUAGCGGAACCUGCAAGAUUUGGACAUGUCCUUUAUAUUUGACUGGAUUUACAGUGGUUUCAGUAGUGUACUACAGUUUUUAGGACUGUACAAAAAAACUGGUAAACUAGUAUUCCUUGGUUUGGAUAAUGCUGGGAAAACGACUCUCCUACAUAUGCUUAAAGAUGGCAGACUGGGUCAACAUGUCCCCACACUACAUGCAACUGCAGAAGAGCUGACAAUUGCUGGUAUGACUUUCACUACUUUUGAUCUAGGCGGACAUACCCAAGCUCGCAGAGUGUGGAAAAACUAUCUGCCUGCCAUCAAUGGGAUUGUCUUUCUGGUGGAUUGUGCAGAUCGUGAAAGACUGGCUGAAUCAAAGCAAGAAAUUGAUGCACUUAUGACAGAUGAAACUAUUGCUAACGUGCCUAUCCUAAUUCUUGGUAACAAGAUUGACAGACCAGAAGCCAUCAGUGAAGAAGGGCUACGAGAGUUGUUCGGUUUGUAUGGCCAGACAACAGGAAAGGGGAAUGUUUCAGUGAAAGAAUUGAACACCCGACCCUUAGAAGUCUUCAUGUGCAGUGUGUUAAAGAGGCAAGGCUAUGGUGAAGGAUUUCGUUGGAUGGCACAAUACAUUGAUUAAUGCCAAAAUCACAUUAGUACAUACUAUCCCAAGCCUGUUCAUUAUUUGAUCUCUCAGUGUACAUAACUUGACUCAAUAGACUUUGGUUACAAUAGCGUAUUUUUUUUAUUAUUGUAUCAAUUGUGUUAAAUUUUAAGUGUAAAGACUGAAAAUGGAUUUUAAGCAAGUUUGUCAAUUUGGAUCUUGUAACAUUAGUCUCUAGUCCUAUAAAACCACUUUCUUUUGGGAUUCAUAGCUUGUCUCUUGUCUGCAGUCCUUUUUUGUGUGACAGUGACUUUCUAGCUCAGUAUGGGUUUUUUUUAAUGCACUUUUUAACAGCUCAACUCUGCAGACUUGUUGGUCAUAUAUAAUGCUCAUCAUGUUAAAUUUUUAUGUACUUUUUCAAAACUGGUUUUAUAAAUGUAGAGUGUAUAACCACCUCUCAAAGAAUAGUAAUGAAUCAGCUUAUGGAUAAUUGCAUGAUGCCUUACAGUUUUCAAUAAUAUACUUUCUUAUGCAACGUCAUGCAAUAAAACUAAAUCCCGUUUCUUGACAUCUUUAAUGGGAAAUACUUCAUUUUAAUGUGUCUUAACCUAGUAAGGAUGUCUCAAAAUGUGAAUAUGUGGGGUAGCUUUUUGAAAUGCAGUAUAAUUUCAGUGCACUGUAGAUUUUUAAAUUUAUUUAUCUGAUUACUUUUUUGCUGGGAAUUAAUCCAAUUAAUUUUAACCAUGUUUUCUGAAUAUCAGCAUUCAUUCACAGUUCUACACGUUGUACAGCAAGAGGUACCGUGAUCUCACUGUAUCAUAGUACUAGUGAAUGCCUGGAUUUCGUGCAGGAAUUUAAAGAACCACAGGAAGAACAAAAGGCUUUGUGCCCUGCUGCAUCCAUAGGUUAAACAGUGUUUUGCACAAGCUUCUGGGAUGUGGCAAAGGUGGAUAAUUUAGGAUGGCAGUCUAUUGGCCUAAGGAAUAAGGAAUAAGGAACUGAGCACUUAAGAUCUACAAGAUUUUGUUUUUCUGGAUUUUCUAAAUUUUCCCUAAAUUUUCUAGAUUUUGUUCACUAGGUUGAGGCCUCUGAGUGUAGCUGUUAUACCCCCUACCUUGAGCAGUUUUCAUUCCUCUUGGAAGUGUUUGUGCAUUCUGUUAGUUGCUAUGCAGUGUUUGUUAUCUCUUAUCAGCCAGUACUCCCUAGGAAGGAGAUUCCUAGUUGCCCAUUUUGGCUAUGAUACAAUGCUUUCUUUAAUGAACUGUUCAUGGGUUGAUGAAAUUGAUAGCUGCCGUGCAGAGAAGAAGCUUUGCAGUUACCUCAUUCAUGAGUAGGUACUACGUUGUGAUUUUUGGAAUAGUUAAAGAUUCUUGGCAGAGGUGAUUGAUCUGGGGUACUACCUACAAAAGUAACCUGGCAGAGUAAGCAUCUCCUUAAUGUAAGAGUCGUGUGAGGAGCAGGGACUUGGCUCCUUCCUGUCACAAUAAACAAUUAUUGUGGCACCCGAACAUAACCUAUGUCAUGUAAUACAUCGAAUACUUAUUUUUGAAGUAUGGUCAGAGAUUGUUAUAAUGUUGAGACUUCAAGGAUAGCUUUUCUAUGUAUCUAUAUCCGAGUAUGGCUGCUGCUACUUGGUACCUGAUUUUAACUCUGCUUACCACUGUACUAUGCAAGUAAAACCUUUUUAAACUGGUUUAACUAUGUGGCAUUCCCUAGAGAAAACGAUGGACUGUAAUUUUGAGAGGCUGCUAAGAAUUUUAAGAUUUCUCCAACUUCAGUACAAGGUUACAGUUUCUACAAUCCCUUGGAAGGGAGGAACUGACAGUUUGGUUAUACUUCCCAUAUUGCUCAUUCUGCAUAUUUCUUCUGUAGCCUUGUUCAAAGUGAGUGCUCCAUUUUUUUCCAUGGAAAGAAGAGUCUUUGUUUAUUUAGAAGGCUUUCAGAUAUUGAAGACAUCUUUUCAAGAAGUACAAAAAAUUCUAUCACUAAAAUCAAGUGAGGGCAGAUGUAGUGCUUUUGAAAACAGGUGCCUAAAUAUCAGAUGUUGCAAAAGAACUUGAAAUAUGGCUUAUUGCUGUUAGCAUGUGUUUAAUAUUUUUCUUGAUUUAUCAUUUUAAAAUAUAACACUUCCAGGUUGGUUGGUGAGAGACAGAGUAAUUCUUUAAUUUACUUAUGCUUGAAUCACCUUCUGAGUCCCAGUAUUGUACCAAUAAAGUUAAUUUAGGGCUUUGAAUACA